AUGACGCGCGGUGCAGUUGUAUGUAUCGCUCACGGCGGAGGUCCCCUGCCCGUCUUGGGAGACCCUGGCCACGCUGCCCUCAACGCCUCAUUGAAAAACCGCGUGCCCAAGAUUCUCAAACUCAACACACCAGAAGCCCCCAGAGCGAUUGUCGUUGUCACGGCACACUGGUCUGAAGGCAAACCCACCAUUUCAUCGGGAGAGCGUCAUGACCUUUACUAUGACUACUAUGGUUUCCCGCCGGAGGCGUAUUCACUCAAGUACCCCGCCCCCGGAUCACCAAGUGUCGCGCAGGAGGUGAAGCAAGCUCUCGAGAAGCAGGGCCUUUCACCAGUGAUGGACUCACGACGCGGCUGGGACCAUGGUGUCUUUGUCCCGCUUCUCCUCAUCAACCCCGCCGCCAACAUUCCUGUUAUCCAACUUUCCGUUCUUGCCUCGGAAGACCCCGAAGAGCACUUCCGCAUGGGACGUGCCCUUGCGGCUCUACGUGAUUCCAAUGUUGCCAUUCUCGGCUCCGGUUUCGCCUCGCUCCACAACAUGGGCAAGCUACGCUCCCUGUUCAUGGGAGGAGAUGCAUCAACCGUCAAAAGGGUCGCCAAGGAGGUCGACGAGUGGAGCAAGGAUCUUACGGAUGCCGUGAAGAAGGGGAAGCGCGACGACCGCGAAAAGGCGCUAUCGGGCUGGCGAAACUUCUCCCACAGCUACGAUAUGCACCCUCCCCAUGGCGGUGAGCACUUCAUGCCCCUGCUGGUAUGCGCCGGGGCAGCCGAAGACGAGGUUGCUGGUGUAGACAGUGCCGAUUUCCAUGGCGCGGACGUCAAGACGUAUUAUUGGGGAGAUAUACGUGUCUGA